CUCACUACACACUCAGAGUGCAGGUCUAUCUUUGAACGCCAAAAACAGGGGGUCCACACACCAGCUCUGCAAGGAAAUGGCCUCUAAAGACUCCACUGGAUACAAGUGUCGAAUCGCUCUGGUGCUGUUUCUCCUUUUGGGCAGCAUCGCGGCUCUGAUCGCUGUCUCUGUCAUCCAGAACAAAUGGAGCUUCAUUUCAUACAACAUGGAGUAUGGCAUAGUGAUAGAUUCUGGCUCGUCUCGUUCAAACAUUUACUUGUAUGAGUGGCCUGGAGAUAAGCAAAAUGAAACAGGGAUGGUGAAAGAAGUCAUGAACUGCAAGGUCGCAGGUGAUGGGAUCUCAGAGAUGAAAGUUGAUCCGGAGAAGGAUGCUGCUUCAUGGAAAGCUUUCAAUGCCUGCAUGGUUAACAUCACCAAAGCCAUUCCUGAAGAAAAGCGUAAAAAGACUCCUCUAUUUCUGGGAGCAACAGCCGGGAUGAGAUUGCUAGAGGAAAGCAAUAGAUCCAGGGCCAUGGAAAUCAUGGAGAGUCUCAAAGAGUACCUGAGUGCCCUGCCUUUCAAUUUCCAAAAUGCCUCCAUCAUCAGUGGACAGGAGGAAGGUCUGUACGGCUGGAUCACAGUCAACUACAUCCUGGAGAACUUUUUUGAGAAAAAUAUGUGGAACAAAUAUGUGAGACCAGAAGGAGGAGAGACAGUUGGAUCCAUGGACCUGGGUGGUGCCUCCACACAGAUAGCAUUCGCUGUAGGAGAGAACUUCACUGGAGAAGAUUACCUGAACAUCAAACUGUACGGCUACACCUACAAUGUGUACACACACAGCUUCCUCUGCUAUGGCAAAAAUGAAGUUGGGAAAAAGAUCUUGGAUAAAAUAAUUCAGCAAUCAUCUGACCCAAAUCUUAUUGUAAACCCUUGCUAUCCAAAUGGUUACAAUAUGACACGGAAAGCAUCAGACAUUUACGACUCACCGUGCACAAAGAUACCAGGGAAAUACAACCUGGACCAGGACUUCUUCAUGGUGGGAUCAGGAGACUCAGAAGAAUGUAAAAAGUUUGUCAGAACCAUUUUUGACUUUGACACAUGCAAUGCAGACCACUGCUCUUUCAAUGGCGUGGAGCAGCCGCCAGUCGUUGGAAAAUACAUGGCGUAUGCUGGACUCUUCUUUACAGCCAGAGCUAUUGGUGGAAGUGAAGACCUUGACACCUUUAAAAACGCAGUAACUAAAUUCUGCCACACGUCCUGGGCACAGUUGAAGAAAGAAAAGACGUGGAUCUCGGAUAGAUUUCUGAGGACUUACUGUUACUCAGGUCACUAUGUCAUUUUCUUACUGGAAGAAGGCUACAAGUUUGACAAAAACACCUGGAAAAACAUACAGUUUGAAAAAGAGAUAAAGAAGACGAGCAUCGGGUGGAGUUUAGGCUACAUGCUAAGUCUGUCUAAUAUGAUCCCAUCUGACGUGAAUGAGAACUUCCCCAUGUCAAACCCUCUAUUUGCUGGACUUAUAUUUCUAUUCUCAGCCCUCACCAUUAUAACGCUUGUGAUCAUCUUCAUCUUCUGUGUGCGCACCUGCUACUGAGAUCCUGCAAAGAAAAGGAACAAAGGAAAAGAAAAGGCUCAACGCUGCAGUGGCAUGUACUAAAAGGUCCUGACAUAUAACUUUAAGUUAUGAUACCUCAGGGAUGUUGAUUGAAAGGAUCUUUUUCAAUAGAUUGGCAUUAUCCAUAACAAAAGGGACUAGAUGUUUACAGGAUGUUGCACUUAUUUGAUAGUGCUUUAGUGAUAAAACCUCCUUUGACUCCAUUUUAUCUGGAUGAAUGAACGCAGCUCAGGGGAGCUCAUUUGUCUGUUAUGUUUGUGUACUGUUGGUAAUUGCUGUAUCUCUUCUGCGUUCUAUACAAUAACAAUACAACAUUCAUAGCAUUGGGAUCAACAGAGAUCAAAUGAAUCAAUGAAUCCUAUGAAAACAUUUCUUUUAAAUUGUUAUAAGCAUGUAUGAAGAACUAGUCUAAGCUUCCGUGUAUGUAGUUUAACUGUAUCUUGUUACCAGUCUAAACAUUCCUACCAUCUGCCUGAAGCAAAGACAAGUACUGAAUAAAACUGACCCUAAAUAUUUUUUAAAACAAAAGCUCACAAGUUCUUGUAAUCAUACAAACCGCAUGUGUAAGUAUGUUUAUAGACUGGAGGAAAGUUGUUUGUUGUGAGUACUGAUUACAUUUCCAGCAGAGUGAUGAACAAUACUAGUGAAGAGCCACUUCUCAAAGUGAAGGUAGUGGUUUGUAUGUAUGAUUCCUAAGUAUGACUCACUGUAAAAAAAAAUAAAAAUACAAUCCAUUACAACAGAAGAUACUGUGUGUUUUAAAAAAACAA